GGCAACCGCCCAGAGGCCGAGCGCCUGGGGCUGAGGGAGCUGCGGGCGGCGGGGCGCGUAAAGGAGCGCGGCAUGGGCUGCGGAGCUUCCUGGCGCCCGCGGGACCCGAAACGCUCGCCUGCGCCCAGACGGGGCUGGGAGGAGGGGUGCGAGGUAAAACAUCGACCGCAAUUAAACGACACGGCUGAUGUCAGGGUGACACCUGCAAGGGAGAACUGUAGCCCCCAAACCAGAGGGACCCCUCCCCAGGACAGUGUGGACCGUGCAGAGCGUCUUGAGCCGCAAGCCCUGAUGGGAAGUUUACCUGGAACCAUUCCAGAAAGUUCUCCAUCUCCUAGCAACAGGAAUAAAAAAGCAAAUUCAGACCCAGUGACCAAUGGAUUAAUCAAUAAACUGCAACCUCUAGAGAAUCAAGAGCGACAAAAGUCAUCAGACAUCCUGGAGGAACUAAUUGUUCAAGGAAUAAUACAAAGCCACAGCAAAGUAUUUAGAAAUGGAGAAUCAUAUAAUGUUAUGGUGCACACAACUGAGAAGCCUCUGAGAAAGCCACCAGCCAGACUGAAGAAACUUAAGAUCAAGAAGAAUGUAAAGGAUUUCACAAUGAGGGACAUAGAAGAAAAGAUGCAGGCUGCAGAGGAGCGCCGAAAGAGGAAAGAAGAAGAAAUAAGAAAAAGGCUACGAAGUGAACGGCCUUUGCCCCCAACCAGUCAUUCCGACUCCACUGAGCUGGGUACAACUGAGGUUCCAUUUGCCAAAGGGCCUGAGACUGUGAGUUCCGCUGGGUCUGCACUGUCUGACCUGCAGGCAGGAGAGCUACUGAAGAGGAAGAAGAGUAAACGUGAUACGACCCCGAUGGACAGAAGCUACCAUUACCCAAGUUUUGAGGUCGUGGAGUCAGACAUGUUCUACAAUCAAGAAGAUGAUGUAUUCUAAUAAGCCAGUUUUUGUGAAUUUCAUAAAAAGCCAUUCACUCUUCCUGUCACAUUCCUAGUGUGUCUUAUGCUCUUUGCCCAUGUGACCUCACCCACUGGGAUUUCCGGUGUGAGUUAAGAAUGAUGAAAUGAGCAGCACGGGCUAAAUACUAAUUGAGUGAAUUAAAUGGUCACAAAAGUGAAAAAGAAAACAAGGAUACAUUUGAUCAGCUUAGAUAUUAUAAGGUGGGUAUUCUCCCUCACAGUGACUUCAAACAUCCCUAGACAUGUUUAAUUUAUGAGACCCUUCCAGCUCACAUGAAAAUGUUUGUGCCAAAUUAAUCCCUCUUUGUCCUUCCUCACCCUUGGCUGUGUCCUCAUGACAGUCAUUUAUGACAAAUUGCAUGGAUUUCUUUUAAGUAUUUUAAUAAUCUGGUUGUUUCUUGUGCUAUAUAUUUAGCUUUGUUUGAUUUAAUUAUUUGUGCUGUCAAGGAAUAAAGCAAUAUCUUGGAGUUGAUCAAAUUACAGUUUCACCCAUAUAAUAUAAGUAAGCGAUAUCCAGUUCUCAGAAUUAUACAAAGUGUGGAGCUUUCUUCAUAUUGGAAAAGAACUUCAAUUGGGGCCACAGUACGAGGGCAUGAGGGGGCUGAGUACACCCUGGUGCCAGUUCCUCUCUUCUGCAUUGCACUCUGAGCUGAGCAGUUUGCUGCCCUCAUUAUGGGAACUCUAACUUGCUUCCCCCGACACACAGUUACCAUCCACAUCCAAUCAGCGAUUGGGUCUUAGGAGUCUACAUUCUGAAGAUCUCUUGCAUCCUUUUUUAUAUUUGUCUCAUGUCACUAUCUGGUUUAGACCACCUCAUCCACCACCACACAACUGGAUUACCACAGUUCUCUCAAUUUUAUACAAUUCUGGUCUGUUGAAGACCCCUUAUUGACCAUCCUUUUUGUCAAGAUAGAAUCUAGACUCCUUGAAGGUAAGGAUCUCAGAUUUUACAAUUCACCCAGUCUGACUGUCUUCUAAUUCCUCAAACUCAGCACACUCUUUGUAGUCUCUGGGUCUUUGCGCAUGCUGUUCCUUCUUUCCUCUUUCCCCUUCUUGCUAUUUAACAUAUGGCUUCUCGAGGUUUUUUAUGUCUCAACUCUGCAUCACUUCCUCCAGUUGCCCAGUCCAUGUCUCUCAUAGUCUCCUCUGUCCGUCAUCCUGGAUGGCUCACCUUUGUAUUUAUCACCCUGUGUAGGAAGCACCUGAUACCUUUCCAUCUUUAGACCUAGUUCCUACAUGGCAAAGGAGUGCAUCUGUUGUGAUUGUGGUUGCAAUUGUAGUACCUCAGAGAGUUGCUUUAGUGGAUGAAUCAGUAUGCCUGUACAUCCUCCAAAACCAGGAGGCUUUUCCCUUAGGAUCCUGUAGCUGGGAGAAAUCUUGAAAGACCACUCUGAAUCUCCAGUUUGUAUAGUCCCCCUGGGACUUUGGAAAAUGAUACCUUAUGUUCAUAUCUUCCCUUUAGAGCUUUAGACUUCUGGGCCAAUGGGUAUGAUGGUACUGGGGGAGGCAGUCAUUGUUGAAUCAAAACAUUUGCAUCAGAGUCUGCUUCUUACAGUGUGACCUUGGAAAGGCAUAAAGACUCUCUGCAUCUCAGUCACCUUAUGUGUUAAUUUGGGAUAGUCACCACCACUGAGUUGUAUCAAAUGAAAUCACACAUUUAAAAGUACUGUGCAAACUAGAAUACACUGCAAUGUAUAUAGGACAGUAGAUAAAUAAAACCCCAUGUGAACAAUAUGAUGUCUUCCAUCAUUCCUGGAGUAUUUCUAAGAUGUUCCCACAGUGGCUUAUGCCAAUCUUAUGAAAUAGUAGAGCAACUAAAACAAUUGCACAAAAGAACUUAGAAGAUCUGAGUAUCAUUCAUGUAUCUGCAGAUAAUAUUUUAAUUACUAUGAAGGAUGUUUAAUACAAAUGUAUAGUAUUUGUAAAUUAAAUUUCAUAAAUUUCAUUGUUGUAGUGGCUUAAAUAACAUGUGAGUUGAGUAAAAAUAUAUACUGUCAGGCCUCUGUAUCUGAGGGUUCUUCAAGGAUUCUACUAACUGUGGAUUCAAAUGUUAAAAAAAUAGUGACUGUACAGACUUUUUCUUGUUAAUAUUUGCUAUAGAGUAUUAUAAUAAUUAUUUACAUAGGUCUUAUAAGUAAUCUAGGGAUGAUUUAAAGGAUAUGGGAGGAGGUGUGUAGGUUGUAUGCAAAUUCUAGACAAUUUUAUAGGAAGGACUUGAACAUCCUAAGAGUUUAGCCUCCGUGUGGAUCCUCGGAACCAACCCUACUGUGGCUAUGAACCAAUGACUGAAGAGUGUCAAUGGAAAUGUAAACAUUGACCCUCCAGUUUGACAAUCUCUCUACACACGUAGAGUUAAAUAUGCAAAAAGUAACAUCAAAAAUGAUGAUCUUCGUAUUUUCUUAGGGAUACCACCUACUUCAGCAGGAUGGGAACAGAGAUUAUUAGAAUGUAGAACAUCAGGAUCACAGGAAUUUCUCUAAGAUUCUGAGUGUAUUACUAACAAAAACCUGCUCAGGGCUGAAGGAUGAGGAAGCAGAGACUCAGACUGUAAGCAGCUUCCCACAGUCACAGGCCACUGCCAAUGACCAGGAAGCUUAUACUGAAUCAUACUCUGCCUCCAAAGUGCUACCCACCACCACAUUCCUGCCAGAUUUCUCCUUUAAACUUCAAAUAUAGAUGUGAUUUUUCCUAUGGUCUUUUUCCUUCCUCCCUCCCUUUCUUUCUUCCUUCCUUUCUUCCUUCCUUUCUUCCUCUCACCCUUCCUUCCUUUAUUUUCCUCUUUCUUUUUUUCUUUCUUCCUAUUUUUUCUUUCUUUUCAAAGGAUGAUUUAAAUUGAAAAAUAAUCAAAAAUAAAGAUUGAGCUUUCUAAUAUAUAGCUCUGAGGUCAUGUUCAUUCUAUCUAUUGAAGUAACUAACAUAUUUGUUUUUCAUUCUUAAAACAUAAACUAUUCAACAGCACCAGAAUAUUUCAACCAAAAUCCAAUCACAAUCCUUUGACACUAGUACUUUGAUAUUAAUAAUCCUCUAACUUUGGUUGGGAGAAGGAAAUUUAUGGCCAGCUCAUAUUUAAGGUAAUGUAUUUAAAAUAAUAUUUAAGAGUUAAAUUUUAAAUAUUUUACAUAUUUAAAACAUUCAGGUUAAAACAUUGAAGACAUUCAGGUUAGUAGUAAAAGUAAUUUUAUAAUCACUGGGACAAAAAUAGAAUCUAUCAUACAGCGUUGCUAUAGUGACUACCAGUAAUUUACAAUGGUGCCUAUUUCAGUGUCUGUUAUUCCAUCACUGUAAAUAGCUUGUAUUCGGAGGAAUAAUUAUACAGUAAAUACUGCAUCCUACAGAUGUGUAAUGCUAAAUUGUGUCACCAUAUAUAUAUCGCUUUUGUGUCCGCACGAUCUGUAUACGCAACACUUUCAUGUAGGAAUAGUGACACUAUGUCCUAGACAGGCCAAUAAGGGACAUUAUUUUAAAAUAAACUAUGGGGGAUGAUGGUUAUAUUCUCUCGGUGUCACUUGUGCUUGGUUUAAAAAUAAUAGCUGUGUCACUGGUUUUUUUAAUCACAUGAUGUUGUGGUUUGUGUUUAAAUGUUCCCCCGAAGCUUCGUGCAGAUGAGGUGGGACUUCCUUUUUUGGAGGUAGUUGAAUCUGGAAUGUGUGAUGCUGGGGUUAAGUGCGUGUGAUUAUUAAACCAGUGCGUGUGAUUAUUAAACCAUUACAUGUGAGUGAUUAACUUGGCACUGCCCUAAUCCCAGUAGUCUGAAUAAGAUAAAAGGGGCAGAAAGAUGCUGUUAAACUCGGUUGCCUUUGCUACCUUGUGUGUGCCAUUUUGUUUCUGUGCUGCCAUGCCUGUUUGUCAUCCCUGCCUUGGAGUCAGCUAAUUAUAAACAGAAACCCCUAUGAGCUAUAAGCCAAAUAAACCCCUUCC